CGUUGCGGUGGUUUCUCGUGUGUGUCAAACUAUCUCACAAAAUCACGCUGAGUUUUGCUCCUCAACAAAUUGUUCUUUGCUCUCGACUCCACCCACAUUUCCUGUCCUGACCUUGACAAGAAAGACAACUCAUUAACUUCUUUCCUUGUUGCUGUUGUGAUCACCAUGCCUAUCAUUCCAUCCCGACCUAUCGUGGUGUCCAUGCUUAACAACAAGGGCGCCGUGUACAUUGAGAAUCAAGAGUAUGGCAAGGCCAAGAAAUCUUUGAGCAAGGCUCUCCGCAUGGUGGAGAAAACGGAACAACGACGUGCCAAACAGGCUUCUCCCACUGCUGCAGCUGCUGCUAACAACAACAGCAACAACAAUAACACCAGUACUCGUACGCAAAGCUCUGGCCGUCAUGAUCCAAUGGAAAUUACUGCUGAGACAGCCGUACGCACCGUUAUGGCUGUUUGUCAAACCCGAACCGAAAUUGAAUCCUUGCCACUGUUCACAUCUCCAUCUUCCUCCGAACCAAACUCCACUUCUACCUCCAACAACAACAACGAUGAUAAUAAUAACUCCUCCAAGGCCCCGUUCAAGCACCGUGCCGAAUAUGACGAAGGAAUGGACUAUUUUAAUGCUCCCUUGCGUUUGCAUGAUCGCUCCCGAAGUAUUGACGGUACCAUCUUAUUCAAUCUCGGUCGAGGAGAACACAAUCAAGGAAACUUUGAUCAGGCUCUAGCGCUCUACAAACGAUCCUUGAAGUCGGUCGAGUUUCAAGAUGGACAUGAGGUUGGCUACCCUUUUCUCCAUUGGACAGGUGGAAUACAUUCGAGAGAACACGACGAUUCCCUAGCAACCUACCGGACUGCUCUCUCGUUGGCCAAUACCGCAUUUGGACAGGAAAGUCUAGAAGCAGCUGCUUGUUUGAAUUCCAUUGGGGUGCUGCAUUACAUUAUGCAAGAUGGAGACUCGGCCGUGGCCUUGGAAACACUCCAGCAAGCCAUGGCGGUGCGGGAGGCAUUGUUGGGACCAACACACAUUCAUGUGGGCACUACGUGGAACAAUAUCGGUCGCAUCUAUUUCCAGCAGGGAUAUUAUGAUCAGGCCAUGAACGCCUACCAAUCGGCGCUUCGGAUCCGAAAGCACGUGCAAGGGGAAUCUAGAGAUGUAGCUGCUACCCUCUUCAAUAUUGGUCAAGUCCAUCAUCAGCAAGGUGACAGGGAUAAGGCCCUGGCACACUACAAACAAUUCCUUUCACUGGCCAAGAAGCACUUUGGAGAUUAUCAUCGUGAUGUUUGCAUCGUCACAACUUGUAUGGGACAAGUUUACCACGAAGUGAAGGACUAUGACAGAGCCUUGAAAUCCUUCCAUCACGCCCUCAAGGUUGGCAGAGUGGCAUUGGGAUCUGUUCACUCGGAAGUUGCCAUUACGCUGAACAAACUUGGCAAUCUAUACUACGAAACUGGAGACCUCAAGUCUGCCUUGAAAGCCUACCACCAAGGCUUGCAGGUGGAGCUGGCAGUUUUGGAUCCCUCAAACUGCAACAUUUGGGUCACCUUUACAAACAUUGCGGAGAUUCAUAAGCAACAAAGUGAAUACGAUCUUGCGUUGAAAAACUACGAAAAGGUGCUGGAUUUGCAGCGAAAGUACUGCACCGACGAUGUAGAGAUUGCCAAUACACUGAGCAGCAUUGGUUACGUCCGUCAUCAGAAGGGUGACUUUCAUGGUGCCUUGGAAGUCAAUCAAGAGUGCCUUCGUCUUCGUCGAGAUGCCAAGGGAGAUUGCGACGAAGACGUUGCGGCCACGUUGACGCACAUUUCUUUGGUCUUGCUCAAGAUGGAUCAGCACCGAAUGGCCCUGGAACUACUCUCUGAAAGCUAUCGCAUCCGAAAGGUUUUAAGCAAUAUCGAUUCUCGUGAUAUUGCAUUCACUCUCUACAACAUUGCCUUGAUCCAUCAGCACCAAGGCUGCCACGAGCGAGCACUCCAGUACUAUUUGGAGACUGCUCGAGUGGAAAAGGCUGCAUUGGGCGGAACUCAUCGCGACCUGAGUAUCACCUACUACAACAUUGGACAAAUCUUUUACAACCUAGGAAACCUGGACCAGGCUGUUGAAAACUUUCGGGAAGCCUUGAAAAUUGAACAGGCGUACUUUGGAAGAUCCCAUCCAACUUGUGCUCGAACGUUGAAUGAGAUUGGCAACAUUGAGCUUCAGCGAGGAAACCUAGAACCAAUGAUGGACUGUUACUCCGAGGCGUUGAGCAUCUACCGUGCAUCCGGUGCUAGUGAUGAGCAAUUGAUUGUGUACGGACGAAGUUUGUGGCGGUUCGAGCUCGUGCAACCGAGCGCUGCUGGAGCUGCAUAGCAACAUUUCCCUAUGCUUUUCCCACACAGUCCCAUGAAAUUGAAUACACCAAAUUCUACUGUAUUGAUAUUGUCAUUCGAGAAGGCCCUUUACGGAUGGCUCCAACAAAAAUUAGCACCUCUGAAGUCCUUGUUGAGAAACUAAGGCUAGACUAAUCAUAUAACAAAGAAUAAAAGGAAUUGAAUUAAACGAC